AUGCAUGACGACCUUUCAUGCGCCUUUACCGGCUCCUUGCUGCUCUUCGGCGGCUGGGUGGUCGUCGUGUGGAGUUUCAUCCGUACUGUCGCUUUCCACCUACAGGUAUGCUGGGAGGUUGUCAUUGGGAAGAAGUUCAUGUGGGGGGCAUUCAUCUGCGGCUUCGGUAUCCCGGCGAUCGGAUUGACGGUCAUGCUGAUCCUGACGGGAGUCUCGUUUCGGUUUGGCAGCAUGUGCCACAUCAACAUCAAACACAGUCUGCAGGACUACUGGGCCCCGGUCAUGGCCUUUGCUGCCGCUGCUUUGGUCUUGCAGCUCGCAACGAUGGGGUACUGCAUUCACGUUUAUGUCCGGUCCGUGUUCGACAACGACACCACCACGAACAGCUCGGGUCUACCGUCUUACACAUCGAGUGUGCGCACCGUAACUGCCCGACAAGCCUACCGACGUAUCCGACGAGUUCUCCAAUUGCAAUGGCGCGGUGUAGCGCUGGUUCUAAUCAUUAUCGGCAACGUAAUCUUCUUCGCCGUCGUCUUCAUCGACAUGGACAAGCAGCUCGAGGUGACGCCGGAGAACAUGAAAAAGGCCAUGCCGUGGCUGACGUGUUUGAUCGCGUCCGAAGGGGACAAGGAGAAGUGCUCCAAGUACAUCGCAGAGGUCGGACCCAACGAAGCCACGCUCCUGGCCGUCCUGAUCCUUUUGUCGCUCGUCGGGCUGUGGAACUUUGUUCUCUUUGCACGACCCUCGCUCUUCCUCGGCUGGCUCGACCUCUACCGAAGCAAGUUCGGCAAACCCGAAGAAUACGUCUCCGCCGACGCCCGCAGCCUACUACCCGAUUCGCGCACCUACGAAAUGCUGGGCAAUUCGACAAUAUCACCGUUGAAAACGCCCGAACCCGUCGUCCGGUCCCCCUCUCCGGCAGAGCGCAUCACGAGCCCGGAGCCGGGCUCGUACGGCCGAGAAGCGCGGUACAUCCAGCCCUCCAUGAGCUUCUCAUCGCCUCGGCCCCCUGGUCCUACACACCCAGGAGGGGGUCGAGAAUGGGUUCCCGAGGCAACAUUUGCGCGGGGUAACCACCAAUACGGAGCAUCACAAUGA